CGUGUCACCACUCAUUGAACCAGAGCGUGAUACGAUCCCCAUUUCCGGAAGUCGCUUGAGAUGUUUUUCUCCAUCGUUUAAUUCCCAAAAAUUCACUCUCAUCGUUCUUCUUCCCUCUCGCAAGCAAAUCGAGAUAUAUAUACAUAUACAUACUCGUUACCUGCAAGCUCAUCUGUGUAUAUAAAGCCUUUCAUGGCUGCAGAAAGUAUGCAUAUGUUGGCGUGAUUUUAUCUCUCUCCCAAACACUUGAUUGAUCGGAUAUUAGGAAAUGAGAAAAAAUGGUGCCCUAGGUUUUUCCCUUUACGUUUUUUUUCAUCUUUCGAUCUAUCAAAUGGAAACCUCGAGAUUUGAAGUUGUAGUUCAGGAUUAGGGCAGCGGAUGAGGGUUAAUUCCAAGAGUUGUAUAUUAUUUUUUUUGUUGGAAUUACGGCGUGGGGUUUGAUUGAGCUGGGUUGAUUAGUGAAUUUUAGCUCGAAUUUCAGCAUUUGACUUGAGUAUGUAUGGAUCGGCUCAAUAAUUUGAUAGAGCUAGAGUUUUCGGAAGUCGUGGAAGUUUAGUUUUUCAUUUGGGUUGGGGAAAAAAAAUCCAAAUUUCUGCUUUUUUUUUUCGAUACUCACGGUGAUCGGGUUUGGGUGGGGAUAUUUGUGUGAUUUUGUAGAUUGCAUUUGUUUGUUUGUGGGGGGAAGUUUGUUUUUUACUCAGAACAGAAGAAUGAGUUCAGAGAACGAAGAUGGAAGGUCCCUGGAUAAGGGUUCUGAAAAUUCAGAUGUUUCAAAGAAGCUCAAAAUAUCCUAUUCAAGAGAGUUCCUGUUGUCUUUGAGUAACUUGGACUCCUGCAAGAAGUUGCCCAGCGGGUUUGUUGAGUCACUGUCAAGUGAGUUGGAGGAUGCCUUGAUAAGAGAACCUGAUCGACCAAGAAUUCCGGGAACAUUUCAUGGUUUUAGAAGAAGUGAGUAUGGCGUGUCUCCACCUACUCGAGGGGACAGUGGUAAUUACUCUAGGGGCAUUCAUGGAAAAUGGGAUAGCCGUUCUUCUUUGAGGAGCGAUCGAGACAGUGAUUCCCAGUCUGACAAGGAUUCAGAUUCUGGGAGGCGCUUUGGCCAUCAAACUCGACGGACUUGGCAGAGUCCCGAACAUGAUGGACUACUCGGAAGUGGUUCAUUUCCAAGACCAUCCGGAUAUGCAUCUGGGGCUCCUGCUCCAAAAUUUCGGGCAAAUGACCACAGCCAGCUUAACAGGAGCAAUGAGCCAUAUCAUCCUCCACGCCCUUACAAGGCAGUACCUCAUUCAAGAAGAGACACCGACUCCCUCAAUGAUGAAACUUUUGGUUCCAUGGAGUGCACUAGUGAGGAUAGAGCAGAGGCGGAAAAGAGAAGAAGAGCCUCUUUUGAGACGAUGAGAAAGGAACAACAGAAGACCCUUCAGGAGAAGCAAAAAUUGAAUCUGGAGAAGCACAAAGGUAGUGCUAUCAUGGAUACCUGCAAAGACUUGGCAGACAGCAAAGAGGAAAAGGAACUUCUUGAAAGGAAUAAUGAGUUGGAGGUUUCGGAGGGAAUUCCCAUUUUGAGCAAUGACUUAGAUAAAUCUUCUUUUGCCUCGCACUCUCCUGCAUCCAGGCCACUAGUUCCCCCUGGUUUUAAAAGCAAUGCCAUCGAGAAGAGUUCUGGAUCGAAAUCUCUGGUGCAUCCUCCUUUGUCACAGGUGGGGAAAUCAGCAACUGUGGAAAGCCUUGAAGAUUCCAAUGCACAUAUUAUUCCAAGUACUAAUAGCAGCACUGGAAAAUGCCUAUCUCAAGGGCUUAGAAUUGAUGGUGGACUGCCUGCAGAAAAUAUGCAUCCUGCACUUCCUUUGAACAAAGGGGAAAAUGCAAACCUACAUGUUAGUUUAGACGUGCCUACUAAGAAAUCUGGGAAGGAAGAUCAAUUAUUUCAAACUUUCUAUCAAGAUACUCAUGCAACUUUAGGUGACCCUUUUAUUGCUGAACACCCUUUUAUUGCUGAACUGGAUGCUGGGAUACUGGAGGACAAAAAUGCUUCGGUUUCAAACAAAAUUUCUUCUUCUUCAAUAUUGGAAAAGAUACUUGGUAGCACGUUAUCCUUGGAAGAUAGUCAGUCUAAUUCUGUUGAGCAUUAUAAAGGUAAACCCAAAGAUACAUCGGGAACAUGGAGCCCCAAUUCAGCCAAGUCAUCAAAAUUUGCCCAGUGGUUUCUGGAAGAAGAAGCAAAUGCUACCACAGAUGUGUCAUCUUCAAUGCCAAAUGAUUUACUGUCAUUAAUAGUCAGUGGUGAUAAAGGCAAGUAUUCUGAUUUUUUAUGCCAUAGCACCAUAGCUCUUCAUACUGGUUUAUCCUAUCAGACGUUAAGUAAAGAUAAUUACAUAAAUUACCCUUACAUGCCUCAUUGCAUAAAAGCUUAAUUACGGAAAAAAAGCAUUGAAGAUGUUUCUACUUCCCAGACAAGCACCCCCUAGUCCCUAUUGAGGUCGCAUUUUUAUUUUUUUACAAAAUAGGAACAUGUAUCAAGAGUUAUCUGUAAUGGUAGACAUUUUUUUUCCGGUACCUAAACUAUACAUCAGCGGUAUCUUCCAUAUUUAUAUGUUUAAACAGUGUAAUAAGAUUAAGCUUGACAAGUCAUCUGCAGCUAAUGGAUCAUCUGACCAAGAACCCAUCAAGCACAAAGAGGAAGCAGUUCCCGUUCCAGCCAUACUAACAUGUGAAGACCUUGAACAAUCAAUUUUAUCAGAGUACAGUGUGAAAACUACAGAUGUGCCACCCUCUGUAGAAGAAGGUCCUAACCCUAGUGAUGCAAAUGGUGAAAACCCAGGUACACAUGUCGACAAUCACGCAUCUCUACACCUACUCUCUAUGUUGAAGAAGAGUACAGAUCAGAGCAAUACAACUGCAAACACUAUUGCUGAUAUUAAUCCAGCCGAAAAACCGUUACUCUCUCAUGAACACGACUUUACCAAAAUGUUCAACAAACAUAAAGGAGAAGAAAAUAUUAACUCGUCGGCCCCAAAUUUGGGGAGGACACUCACUCUUGAAACACUCUUUGGAAGUGCUUUUAUGAAAGAGCUACAGUCAGUCGAAGCACCUGUUUCUGUCCAAAGAAGCUCAGCUGGGCCUGGGCCUGGGCCUUGGGUUGAUAAUCCCUCAGAGGCUCAUGGGUUACCUUUUCCCACCACGGACACACACGGUGCAAAAACGAGCAGAAACGAGAACUGGCUGGGCUUUGGUAAUCUCCCGACAGGAGAAAUUCCAUCCAAGGGGUUUGACUUUCAGCUGCCAGAAGAAAACUUAUACUCAGUUAACAGCUCAAGCAUAUCCUCAAAUGCAACCAUCAACAUAAAAGAGAAACUUGGCAUGGAGAGUACCGGAAGCCUUCCCUUCCCAUUAUUCGAUUCCCACCAAAAGAUGGAUCCUGCAAUUUAUCGCAAUAUGCAGUUGCAGCAAUCUUCACCACGAUUUCAGCCUACCCCACAAAUGCCUCAUGCAAGGCCCCUACCGUAUAAUCACGUGAAUUCUUCACAUCUUGCUUAUAUGGGCUCUCAGUCGAAGUUCUUGGACUCUGAUCCGAUUUUGAAUCACGGUCCUCUCUCAAAUAAUACUCAAACUACUCCAAAUAUCAUCCGGCCUUCUUUUCAACACCCAAAUGUUAGGGUUGCGGGAUUUGAUAUUCCUCCCCAGAAUCCGUUGAUGCAUCAGAUGCAAAUGCCGGGUAAUCACACUCCGCAUUUCCCGAGGGGUUUUCCGGGCCCACAGCAUGGUAACCAAGGAAAUGGGGUUUUCCCAGAUAUGAACCAAGCGCAAGGUUUUCCAUUUGGGCCCCACCAACAAAAUGCUGAUGGCCGUGGGAUGCCGAUAUCAGGUAAUCCGCCCGAGGCUUUCCAGAGGCUAGUAGAAAUGGAACUACGGGCAAACUCAAAGCAAACCCAUCCACGCGCCUCAAUUCAUAACCCGGACAUGAUGCGUGGUUAUGAGUUAGACAUGGGAUUCCGGUACAGAUAGUGGCACACAGUUUUACACGCGAUGUUCCAUCUCUGAAAAAUGGGAUCAAACUGCAAGUAGAAAAGGGGGAAAAAACAAACAAACAAAUUGAUCAGCCACAUAUCUCCCGUUUGCUUGAAAAUUGUUGUUUAUUUUCAGUUUGUGGGUUAUGUUUAAUGAGACUACGUGAGAAAAAUGUGAGGGCUUGUGACGGGCUAUGGAUGGAUAUAUACAUGUAUGCAUUUGUUAUAGUUCGUGACUCACUCACUCUCUCUCUCUCUCUCUCUCUCUCUCUCUCAAUUCAUGGUGGUUCGAAUUUUGCUGAGACUGUU